CGCACAGCUUGACACUCCGUGCGUCUGAAAGUACGGCUCUGAACUGACUUAUAAUUUUCCACCUGGCAGCUGACGAAAGUUGACAGCUUUGAAAAUGCAGUCGGAAUCGGGGAUCGUGGCCGACUUUGAAGUCGGAGAGGAAUUUCACGAGGAGCCUAAAACGUAUUACGAGCUGAAGAGCCAGCCGCUGAAAAACAGUAAUCCAUCGGAGCAGCAGCAUGGCUCCUCUAAGCCCCCGCUGGGUUCGUCGGCCGUGACCUCUCGUAUCUUGCUCCGCCAGCAGCUGAUGCACGAGCAGCUCCAAGAGCAGGAGCGGCGAGAGCAGCAGAGACGGCAGAGCUCAGCGUACGCACAGCCCUCCGUCACCCAGAGCCCCGCCAUCAACGUCAGCAUCCCCGCCGGCCUGCCCAGCGCCACCCAGGUGCCCAUGGAAGUGCUGAAGGUUCAAACGCAUCUUGAAAACCCCACGAAGUAUCACAUCCAGCAGGCUCAGAGGCAGCAGGUGAAGGCGUAUCUGUCCACCACGCUGGGAGGAAAGCUGGGCUCGCAGGCCGUGAGCUUGCCGUGCCCCAGCCAGGCCCCUGACCACGGGGGAAUGCCUCCGGGGCCGGGCAACAGCACCCCCAACAGUCCCAUGGCCUUACUGACCCUCAACUCCAACUGUGAGAAAGAGAUGGACGAUGUCAUUGAUGACAUCAUUAGUUUGGAAUCCAGUUACAAUGAUGAUAUCGUGGGACUCUCGUUGGACCCCGGACUUCAGAUGGCCAACACGAUCCCUGUGUCAGCGAACCUCUUAGACAUGUAUAGUAAACCGGGCAUGCCGCCUCCAGGAAUCUCUAUUAGUAACUCGUGCCCUGCUAACCUGCCCAACAUUAAAAGGGAAUUCUCCGUUACUCAAUCUCCAGCCAUGAUGCACAUGAUGGACAAGCACAGCCCCUGUAGCAAGUUUGAGAGCUAUCAAAGGCCUGAAGGGUUUCCUGUGGAGGCAGAAGUUCGCGCUUUCGCAAAGGAAAGGCAAAAAAAGGACAACCAUAACUUAAUUGAGAGGCGACGAAGAUUCAACAUUAACGAUCGAAUCAAAGAACUGGGGACUCUGAUUCCUAAAUCAAAUGACCCGGACAUGCGCUGGAACAAGGGCACUAUUCUGAAGGCCUCUGUGGAUUACAUCAGGAGACUUCAGAGAGAGCAGCAGCGUGCCAAAGAGCUGGAGAACCGUCAGAAGAAGCUGGAACACGCCAACCGCCACCUGAUGCUCAGGAUACAGGAGCUGGAAAUCCAUGCUCGUGCUCACGGACUGGCCGUCGUCUCGUCUACACUCUGUUCAUCAGAGCUAGCAGCCCGGCCCAUCAAACAGGAGCAGGCCCUGGGCGACUGCUCCCGGGAUAUGUACCCUCACAUGCACCCGUCCUGCCCCGACAUGGGCCGCUCCAGCACCCUAGACCUUAACGACGGCACAAUCACCUUUAACGACUCUAGCACUUCCACUGAUGCGGGGGCUUAUGGUCUUGUCCCAAAGGCACAUGGCACUAAACUCGACGACAUCAUGAUGGACGACACAUUGUCAUCUGUAGCAACGAGCGACCCACUCCUCACCUCUGGAGCCUCGAACGAAAGCAGCUGUAAGGACAGCGUGAACAUGGAGGAGAACGAGCAUGUUUGUUAGUGCAGCGGAACCGCUAGUCAUUGUUGCGUUUUUCCGGUAACACAAUUGACUGCUAAGGAGGAAGCACGGCCUGUUUUGUCAAGUGCAAAAUAAUAUUAUUUUUAUGUUUACACUCCUUUUAUUUUAUUGUGUUUUAACCUUAUUCCAGUUUGGUCUAGCAAAAUUUCAUUGUGUUAUAAUAAUAUCAAAAUAAUCAAGGUCAGUAUCAUAAAACGACUGAUUUGUGUAACUUCACAUAGGUGUAUUAGAAUAUAAUCAACUUUGGGAUAAUAUAAAAGUGCACUUGAAAGGUGAUUUCUUUGGAUGUACAGUAGUGUGUUUGCGCGCAGUUUAGAAGAAUAUUUCUCUUUUUUUAUAUAUCCUUGUAAAGGAAUGAUUUAAGCAAAAUGCUUCCCAUUUAAUGUGUAGAUAUUAAGCGACAGACAGUUGAUAUUUCAAGGGAUAGUUCACCCAAAAAUGAAAAUCUGUUAAUUUACUCAUC